UACAGUACAAUGACAAGGUAAAUCUCCGGACGAUGUAUAUCGAUCUUUCCGCCACAAACCUCCGAUACAAACAGCUGUAGACAAACUUUGCCACCCGGCUCUGGUCAGCAGGAACCUAUUUGGACUGUGUCUAGAGGAAGACGUCGCUACAAAGGUGUUGGAACCAGCGGAAGAAUGCCCCCGGGGAGUUAGCUGGAGUUAGUUAGCCGGGGACGUUGGCGACUGCUCCGGAGAUGCCGGCCGGCGGGGACGGCUGGACUCCCUCCCAGGAGGUGGACGCCUCCUCCGGAGGAUCGAGGACCGUGAACUCGGAGAUGAAGAAGCUGGUGGCGCUGCGAGUUUACAAGAGGAGGUGGUUCGUGUUGCUGCUGCUGUGUUUACUGAACUGCUCCAACGGCACGAUAUGGCUGACCUUUGCACCGGUGGCAGACCAGUCGGCCCAGUUCCUCGGGGUCACCUCGGAGCAGAUCAACUGGUUAUCGCUGGUCUUCAUGGUGGUGGCGAUACCUGUCAGCUUCGGGACCACGUGGAUGCUGGAGACUCUCGGUCUUCGCUUCACGCUGAUUUUGGGCGCCUGGCUCAACAUGUUGGGGGGGUUCGUCCGGGUCAUCGGUGCCGUCUGGCCCAGUUUCCCGGUGGUGAUGUCGGGUCAGACGCUGGGCGCUCUGGCUCAGCCCCUCAUCAUCUUCACGCCCACCAAACUGGCAGCCCACUGGUUCCCCGAUCAUCAGCGAGCCACGGCCAACAUGAUCGCCUCCAUGUCGAAUCCUCUGGGCAUCCUGCUGGCCAACAUCGUGUCUCCCCUGGUGGCUGGACGACCUCAACAGAUUCCCCCGCUGCUGCUGGUCUAUGCCGUCCCGACAGGCCUCAUCUGCUUCCUCACCACGUUCGGCUUGCGGAGCAGCGUCCCUCCCACGCCUCCGUCGGUCAGUGCGGAGCUGUCGUGCUCAGAGCCCUUCCUGUCGGGACUCAAACUGCUGCUGAAAAACAGGUCCUACCUGGUGCUGCUGGUGGCCAUCGGAUCCGGCUUGGCCGUCUUCACCUGCGUGUCCUCGCUGCUGGAGCAGAUCCUGUGUGUGCACGGAUACUCUGACGACUUCGCUGGCCUCUGCGGUGCACUCCUCAUCGUGUCUGGCAUCGUGGGCGCAGGACUUCUGGGCUUCUACGUGGACCGCACCAAGAACUUCAUCGAGGCUACCAAGAUCAACAUGAGCUUCACGGCUCUGUCCGGCAUCGCCUUUUCCGUGGUGUCUCUCUUGCCGCAGCAGAAGGUCGCCAUAGCAGCCGUCUGCUCUCUGUUCGGCUUCUUCGGUUUCUCCAUCUACCCAGUGGCCAUGGAGCUGUCGGUGGAGUGCUCGUAUCCGGUGGGCGAGGCCACGUCUACCGGGCUCAUCUUCAUAUCUGGUCAAAUCCUGUCUGUGCUCUACAUGGUCCUGCUCCAGGGGCUCACCAAACCCAUCGCCAGCUCUCUUCUCUCCACAUGUGGCGGCGCUGUACUCAGCUGGAAAGUGCCCCUGCUGGUGAUGUCGGGACUCUGCAGCUUCUUCACCUGUUUCUUCGUCAUUUUCUUCCACACACGUUACCGACGCCUGGAGGCCGAGGAGGACGCCACCUACAGGGGAGAGCACGCCGACGUGCCUGCCACCAGCGAGCGCCCCUUACUGGCAUGACGAAAUCACUGAUGCUUGAACCUUUACACCUCCUGCGGUGAUGGCAUGCCUUGCUCGAGGGCAUAGAGAAAGUUUCAGGUUGAGUAAACUGCGACUCAGGAUUCUGUUGCUGUUGACUACUAUACUACAGCGGCUCUAGUUUGCAAACACCAUUCUAGUCUCUGGGUACAAUUACAACAAAAAGAGAACAUGCUAGCUCUAAGUCCUGCUGCCUGGCUCUACGCCGAGUCUCUGCCGGACGACUACUUGACUCUGUGAUUUUGGUACUGCUCAGGGAAGCGAUUGUACUUCUUUCAUGGUUUUAAUAGACGAGUUUUCAUCGCAUAAAUGCGAUCACAUUCAGACCCAGGGUGUACUGACCAAAACAUGUCUGUUACGUCUCAUUUUAUUGUACUGUUUGAGUUGUAAACCCGGCGUCCGACAGCCGUUGCUAACAGAUGAUUCUUCUUUUUGCUAACAACAUUUGCGUGUUUCCUGAACCCUUCGAUCGGGAGAAAUCUGAGCUAGCUUUACGGCCAGCAGAUCGAUUGACGAAUCAACAAAACUGAAUGAACUGAAACCUUUGAUGAAUCGUGUCAUGAUUCAGAGUGCGAGCCUCCUGGCUCAGCUGCUGAACGGUAGAUUUGACGUAACAAACCGUUCACCCUGAUGACAAACAGAAGUCCUUCCACUAGAGACACUAUUUAGGCGCUGCAGCUCUGGAGACUCUGAUCCUGCUCUCUUCAUGACAGGCUGCACCCCGAGCUGUGAAGCUCAGGUCUUGGAUUUUAACUAAUCUCACGAUACAUUUUCAGCUUGCCUUGCGUCAGCCCAGAUGCUGUUUAUCUCACUAACUUACUGUUGGAGUCUUAAGUUUGAAAAGUUUACAAAUGAUGUUGUGAGACCAAAUGUUUGUCCAUAAAAGGCCAGCAGGUGGCGCACUCAAAGGCACCAUGUCAUUCCUGCUUGUUGGAGUGAUGUAGUGAGGGGAGAAGUGAUGUCAUGAUGGACGUCACCUCUGUGGGAUCCAAAAUGUUUCCAGUGCGUCAAGCUGAGGUCGCUGGGCCAGAAAAAAAAACCCUCUGAACUCAAGGUCUGGGGCCCAAAUGUGGCCCAUUGAGUCACUUCUGUGGACCAUGAGAGUUUGACAUGGUCAAACACUGACCUUCCAACCACAAGUGGAACGUAGCAUUAUUAAAGCCGUGGUGCUGCCUCCUGCCAACAUAACUGUCGUGCCACUAAACCGUGAAGCCUUUUGCUGACUCAUCCAUAUUGUCACACAAUGUGGCAGUACCCAUGUGUCUUGAAUGUCUCUGAAAUAAUUCCACUGAUUAUGCUUUUGACAAUAAAAACACGUGCCAAUCGUCUUUUGAGUGAGUCACAGAAACACCUCUUCGACCAAGACUGUUGCUCUGAGGUCAGCUGAACUACAUUUAGACCCAAAACCUUUCCUUCACUGUGUGUUAGGUUAGGACAUAUACGGUUUACACAAGAUUACACAAGAAGAAAGUGGCCCAUAAAAUGUAUUGAUGCCAACGAAAACAGAAAUGUUAGGAAAAAAAAUCUCAACUAUAUACAUUCAAAAGCAACUUGGGCAAAAAAUAUAUAAUGAAAAAGGAAAAUUAACAUUUAAAAAAAAAAACACAAAAUUACACUUCAAAAAAGAUGAACAGUGAUCUAAAUUAAAAAAAAAAAAAAAGAAAAAUCCAUUUACCACCAUUUAAAAACAAAAGGAAAUUUCUCAGAAAUGAAGAGUACUCUUGUGUUAACUACAAUGAAAAUGAUGUAAAAAUGAAGGCAUUGACGAUUAAAAAUGAAAGUGAAUAAAACCAAGGCUGACACAAGCAGAAUUUUUCUUCCCAACAAAUUGUCCCUUGACUGAAGCAGCUGGUCAGCAGGAGUGGACGAGACAAAGGUUUCACACCGAUGAGUAGUUAAAGGAUGGUAGCCUUUAAUGGUGUUCAAUUCAUGAAAGAAAUAUAAAAGUAGAGCGCUCUGUGGACCAGGAACCAGAGUGGACAUGAUCUAAAAGACUCGUGACGAGCUCGGCGUAAAAAUCAGGAAAAAAAAAAAAAAACAGAAACAGAUGGGAAAACUAUGGUUCGGACUGAGCUCUACCGGGUCGACGUGGUUCGGAUCCGUCUCAGAGCUGCAGGGCGCAGAACUGCUGGUACACGGCCAGGAU